AUGCAGCGCAGGAGGCGCCCCCGCCUCACAUCUUGCCUCCUCCAGCUGCUGGGCAGCAGCCGGGUGGAGGAGGAGGUGGCGCAGCCCGCUGGCGGCAGUGGGGCCAGGCGGCCGGGGCCGUGCGGGGACGGAAGGGAGGAGCGGCCCAUGGGCUUCCCCUUUGCCUCCUCUGCCCAAGGCCGUGACCAUCCUCUCCUCCCUACACACAAGAUAAGCACGGAGGAGCGAGGGCGGGCGCCAAGGCCUCUGGCCGAGGAGAGACGAGCGAGCGGUGGCGGCUGGUGGAGGCCGCGCAUCGCAGGACUGGCUGGGGCUGGCUCCUCGGCGCCUCAAGCCGGCGCCUCGAGCGAUUUGCGAAGCCGGCGCCGCGGGGGGCCCUCCCUGCGCUGCGGCUUCCAAAGCCUCGCGAGGACGCCCCUCCGGAGGCACUUGGAAGCGGGCAAGGGGCCCUCCCUGGCUGCGGCUUCCAAAGCCCUCUGCGAGGAUGCCCCUCCGGAGACCUUGGAGCCGGCCCGAGCGGCGGCCCUCCCUGGCUCGCUGCUUCCAAAGCCUCCGGCAUGGACGCCCGCCUCCGGAGUGAGAACAUUUGAAAUACACCCAUCUCCUCUUCCUCUUCUCCCUUGUGAUCUCUGUCCAAAUGGCUGGAUUGGUUACCAGAGGAAAUGCUACUACUUUUCAGCAGCUGAAAGAAACUGGACCUCUAGUAGUUUACACUGCUCUUCUCACAAUGCCUCUCUGGCUGUGAUUGACUCUCAAGAAGAGAUGAGUUUCCUUUUACGUCACAAAAGUCCUCCUGACCACUGGAUUGGUCUCCGAAGAGAUAAUCCAUUGCAGACCUGGAGAUGGAUUAAUGGAACCAUUUCCCAUGAAUGGCUUACAGUUCGUGGAGGGGGAAGUUGUGCAUAUGUGGACCAUGAAGGUAUUGCCGGCUCCAGCUGCACAAGAGAAGAACACUGGAUCUGCAGCAAACCAUUCCACCACUCUUGCUUCCAGCCAGCAAAGAGAAUGGAAGAACUGGUCUCCAAAGUUCAUGAUGAUGAGGGUGGUGGUGGUGGUGGUGGUGAUGAUGAUGACCAUCAGACUGUGUCAGAAGUGGGGAUCCAGAGUUCCAUCUUGCAGAGCAAAAUGGUUGAAACUCAUGAAAGUAAAGAAGGAUGGCAGCACAGUUAUCCCCUGGAUUCACAUGCGAAAGAGAACGAAAUAAUGAAUGGAAGCAUCCAAGCAGAGAACUAUGAAGAUGAAUGGGCAAGAAGUGAGAGUUCUGACUGGAAAAGCAUUUCAUGCCUCAGAAGUAAAAAGAGAAAGUAUAUAUUACGCAGAGCAAUUCUGUGGGUGGCAGUUGGGAGCGUGAUUCUGAAUCUUUCUCUCAUCAUUGCAUUAUCCGUGAGAAGAUGUGAAAUAUGUUCAGCUUCUCUUCAUCUUCUUCCUGGUGACUUCUGUCCAAAAGGUUGGAUUGGUUUCCAGAGGAAAUGCUACUACUUUUCAGCAGCUGAAAGAAACUGGACCUCUAGUAGUUUGCACUGUUCUUCUCACAAUGCUUCAUUGGCUGUGAUUAACUCACAAGAGGAGAUGAGUUUCUUUUUACGUUACAAAAGUCCUCCUGACCACUGGAUUGGUCUCCGAAGAGAUAAUCCAUUGCAGCCCUGGAAAUGGAUCAACAAUACCCUUCUUCAUGAAUGGUUUAAGAUUUAUGGAGGAGGAAGGUGUGCCUAUCUGAACCAUGAAGUUAUUGCCAGCUCCAGCUGCACAAGAGAAGAACACUGGAUCUGCAGCAAACCAGCUGAGAGAUGGCAUCCUGUCACUUCUACGAGUCCAUCCUCAGACUUCCGUGUGCAUGAAUCAAACUACUAAGAUACUCAUAAUUAUUGGGUCUCUGCCUCGCUCAGCAUGCAGAGUAUUGGCAGUGUUUGCAUUUUCCUUCAGAGAAAGGAUCUUGAAACUUGGGACGAAGCAGCUUUAUGAAUAUUGACUGACAUGAGGCAUAGUGGUGUCCCUUAAUACCACUGAACUGUAACAUUGUUUUGCACCAGUAGUGUUAGUUAGUGCUCUAUGUGACAUACACACUUUUUUUGUGCUUGCAUAGCUCCUUUUUUACAUGGUCUCUGACUCAUAUCUAUGGGUCUAACAUCUCCAUUGAACUAUAUGUGGACUAUUCUGGAGAGGAAUAGAAUGCUGAAGUACUUUGCUCAUAUCCUUUCCCCUAUUCCAUGCAAAGAGUAGCAUUGGGAUAUUCUCCCACUGAGUGACCUUCUUGAGUCUGAAGCUGAGUUUGUUUUGUGUGGUUUUGUUUUUAUUAAAAAUCCCCUACAGUUCUUUUUACUUGAAUACAUCUGGGCAGCUUAGUACUUCUGUGCCUAUUAAUGGUGUUUAAUAUUUCCCUUAUGAUCUGUCAAUACAACAUUUUCUUCUUUCUUUGCUCAUGUGGUGCAAGUUGACUAACCCAAGAAUAGCUAACUGGAUUACAAGACUUGCUUUGAUAUUUGGACAUAUGGAUUGGCUGAAGGGCUGCUCUAUUUUCCCCAAUGGGAAUGACUAGUGAGCCAAUGGGAAAAAUUGAUUCCAAACAGGCCCCCUUUUCAUAAUGGGAAUGGGGGGCCUUUUGUAAUCGAUUUGUUUAGUGGGGCAGAGCCAAAUCAGGAUGCGGGUUAUUCCUCCAGUGGGAAUGAGCCCAUAGAAACUGAAUAAUAGUAAAGAGAAUGAAUAAGAGGAGGUGGAAGCAAAUAAAUUUUGUUUGAAGGGAAGAAUAAAUAAUAUUGUUGGUGGUUAAAAAAAUGUUGUACCAACAUAGAAAAGUAAAA